AUGCAGCCAACAAAUAGAGGACCAGAAACAGCAGGACCAACAAUAGUUGUUACCGACGGUGUUGCCACACAGCCCACAGCACCAGAUGAUGAAACCGAGAGUCCAACCACCACCACAUUGACAAUAAUCCCAAGUGCCAGCACUGGUGGCAACUGGCCAACAUUUGCAACUCAGCCAACAGGAACACCCACAGGAGUUGGUACAGAUGAGGGUACCACACGACCCACAACUGAAGAAGAUGACAACAAUGCAGAAAGUCCAACUACCAUCACUUUGACUAUAGUUCCAAGCAGCAGCACUGGUGACAACUGGCCACCAACUGUGAUGCAACCAACAGAUCAGAUUGCCACAAUAGCUCCCUCAACCAGUCCUGUUUCCCAGGCACCCACAACAGAUGAUGCCAAUGCCGGCAAUGUGGCCCUUCCCCCCGUUGCGCCAUCAAGCACGCUUGAUCCAACAACGACUACUAUCCCCACGAAGCAACCUGAAACUGCUGCACCGGUAAAAACAAUCGUACCUACCAACGUUGGUAGUAUGAUGGGAGGUCCGAGCAAGUCGCCAACUGUUUCAGGUGAUGGCGUCAAGCCAUCUAAUGCGCCAUCCGGUGUGCCUGCUAAUGAGACGCCCGUGCCAUCGGCUGCUCCUGUGCCCUCCACAGCACCCGUCGAACUUUUCACCUCCGAGGAACCGUCCCAUGCUCCAACAGAAUUACCUUCGAGACCUGUGGACACACUUGGGCCAACUGGAUCGUGCGGGUUGCAGACUCUUAUCAAGUGUCAGACUAUUCAUCCUCUGAGUGCUGAGACGGUUUCAUGUGACGAGAUAUCGCCGCUCGAAGACACAAGCUGCAAGGGUCCCAUGGAGCGUGCUCAGUUUCAAAUCAUAUAUGCCUCGUGUGACAAGAGUCGGAAUGGACAGUCUGCUGAUGCGUUUGUAUGCACCGACGUGGCUGCAUUCGAUAAUGAGCCUCUUGUCCGAGUGGUGUGUUUUGAUGCUCGGGAACAGCUACUGAUUGACGUUUCCAGGCUGCAGUAUGAAGAUUCGUUCUACCUCGAUCUCUCGAAUAGUUCAGCAACGGCCAACGAAACCACGUGUUCCAUCUAUUCUGCUGCUGAUACCGACGACGACGACGAAGGGAUCUUGCUACAAAGAGUGACAAUGGAUUUGUCUAGUAGUUCGUCGUCGUCACCUGUCUUGGGGCUCCAAAAUACAUUUGGAAGCUUGCAACUCCAAGGAUGCGACGACCUCCAGUGCGACCACGAAGUUUCUUACGCGUACACAAUUCUCAACAAUGGCAGCGAGGCUGCCAUCAUCACGUCACUACAAAGCAACCGCACAUCAUCAUCCGGUGUCGACGUCCAAGAUCAUCUAAAUGAUUUGUGGUCCCCCGAAAUAGCAGCUGGCAGUGUCGUCAUUCUGCCCCGAGAUGAAACCAUCAAUAGGUGCAGAGACAAUCACUUCACAACGCAUGUGCAAGUCGAGGCAACGUCUGAAUUGAGCGGUUUGACGUGCCCCUCUGAAUCUACCUACCAGUUUUCAACCAGUGUGUCAUGCCUUCUAGCCGUCGAUAUUCAAUGCUUUUCCGAUGAGGGGGUUGACUGUUUACAGCUUGAAAGCCCUGCGAUCUCUUGUGGUAAUGCUCCUUUGACUGAACUGAGAUUCAAAUACCAGCCUAGAAACUGCAAUGAAAGCUUUGCGAUUUCUCCUCAAAGUGAAGGACAUAGCACUUGUGUGGAUUUCCAAGAGAUCCCUAACUACUACCCCGUGGGGAUUGUGUGCUUGCCAUAUGCCGACGGCGUGGUCGACAGCAAUGCGUCCUUUCCUGAAGAAACUGUUUUCCCGGGCAAAACAAUUGACAUCAGAGCAACUGAUGGAUCAGCACUCCCCCCGACAUUGCUAUGUGUCAUUAGAGAUUCGGCGGCAUUGGGGGGCAGCAGCCUCUACCAGGAAGUUACGUUUUCAACAUCCAACGCGGAGACGGGAGAAUUGCUGGAGCUCAAGAGUACGUUUGGCAGUCUCCAGCUUCAACGGUGCUCGGAUCCUUCCGGAGAGGUUGCCGAUUGCAUGGCCGAAAUAGACUUUACAUAUACCAUCGACAACAUUGGGACCAAUGAGAUUGACAUCACUCAAUUCGAACGCACAACAAACGGUAUAUCCGUAGAACUAGAGAAUGGUCUGUGGCAGACAAAUCUGGCACCUGCUGACAACCUGCGAUUGGCGGAACGACGAACCGUCAACUUGUGUGAUGCUCGAGAAUAUCAAACCAGCGUCAUGGUUGCCGCGAAUCCACCUAACAACCUUACUUGCUUCGGCGAAGCUCAGCAUGAAUUUGAAGUAAACCCGCCAUGCGACGUCGUUGUGAUGCUGGGAUGCACAACGUUGGGCGGAAUUGACUGCAAUGAACUGGUUGGGGAGCAGAUGGUGCAGUGCAUGUGCGAAGAUGGCUGUCCAAGGGAGCUGGUGUACAGAUACACUGCAGCGUCGUGUGCCGAGGAUUUGGAAGGCUGCGCUGAUUUUGCUCCGAACGAGGCUCUAGUUGAGUUGGUCGUGACGAGUGACGAAGUCAAGUUCUUUGAAGGUCGGGUCCAAAUCGACGACGACAUUGUGCUCGAAAACCAAGGCGAGUGUCUUCCAGAGAAGUUUCAAAUCAACGUUGUUUCCAUUGGGGCUGGCGAUAUUUCCCAAAUUGCGAUGCUCGACUCUUCGUGCGACACCGGUCGCAAUGCACUACUUGACGACUUUGGUGCAUUUGAAUUCGUUGGGUACACCUGCUCGGACCUUGUCCCUCACAAUUGCCACGUCGAUGUUGAGUACCAAAUUGAUACUGCAUGGAGUGGAACCGAGGACCAAGUCUUGUCCGAUUGGAACUUUGUACUGAAUGGUGUUGAGAGUCCUGGUUCCAUUACGUUUCCGGCAUUGACCACCCAGAACGAGUACUCCACUAUCAUACCAUCCCAAGUUGAUCUUUGCGCGGACGGCCAACACGAUGCCUCGGUCUACGCUGUUGGGAAGGCUGACACAACUGGAGAAGAGUGCUCUGACGAGGCUGCUUUGGUUUUCAACAUUGCGGCUGGCACACCGUUCCCAACUAACAGUCCGAGUGAUGUAUCAGCCCAACCUGUGUCGCCGAGGCCUACUAGUGUAACGAGCAACGGUACAAUCUCGCAGCCAGCUUUGAUACCGAGUCAAUCACCCGGUCAAACGCAAGCCGAGCUGCCUUCAACCACAACCCAACCGAGCUAUGAACCCACCGUUGAAGCUAACAUGGUUCCAAACAGCUCAAGUCCUGUCAUUCCUGUGCUUGUUCCUACGGACACACCAAGCGUCAUGCCCGCUGGCAUCCCUAGCAACGCCGCAACAGAACUGCCAACAAUGCCACUUUCGAACCAACCAACAAAUGUUAACACUGGAAGUGUGGUGGGACCCACAACUUUGAGUGACACAAAACCUUCCAACCAGCCAACAAUCAUUGACAUUGGAGGUGUUGUGGGACCCACUGCAAUUAGUGACACAGUACCAUCCAACCAGCCAACAAUCGUUGACAUUGGCACUGUGGUAGGACCAACCACUAUCAACGACACAGAACUUUCUAACCAGCCAACAAUCAUUAACACUGGAAGUGCUGUUGGACCAACCACUAUCAGUGACACAGAACCUUCCAACCAGCCAACAAUCCAUUGA